GACAAGACUCGAGUCGGCACCAUCUCGGAGAGUAGUGGUGCUCUCUCGACAGUUUUAGGCUUUCGAGGCUUUCGAGGCUUGGAGGCUUGGAGGCUUCCAGCAGCGAUUGGUCGAAGAGGCGCGGGCGCAAUUGCGCGGGUUGUUUUCUUGACCGAGGGCCGUGGUCGGAUUUGGGUGGCAGGGCCGAGGGCCGAGGUCUCGCUUUCUAGGUCUGCUCGCUCGCCGCUCUCGGUUCCCCACCGCCUGCGCGCUUUUCGCUCCCCAGGAAGGAGGACGGUGCAGGAUCAGGCCAGGCCGAGAGUUCUUCGGUAGGUUUUGCAGUAUUCGGAGGUAGGGUACAAGAGUGGACAGGGCCGAGCGAGCGGAGCGGUGAACGAGGCUUGACAUGUGGAAGGAAGAACAUCGGAGCGGUGGCGGCGUGCUGGAAUAGAACAUAGGAGCGGCGGAAACGAAAGCGUCGGGAGGGAGCGAAGGACUUAAGAAGGAAGGAAGGAAGAGAGAAGAAGGAAGAGACUCGAGAAGCGCUGGUGGUGCCUUAGCGCUGGAGAGUACGAGAGACGGCGAGAAUGCAGUCGUCGGUGCAAGGAGGGUGUGGGGAGAAGAGGUUGGGGAAUAUCAGAAAGAGGCGGAAACCGCAGAGAAGGACGAUGCUCACGCACGGCCCGUUCUCAUUUCUCGACACGACGGCGGGCAUGGCCAUGUCUGAGGGUUGCGCCCGCGAAGCAACCGGGCAGAUGUUUUGGGGAGAAAGGGGGCCGCCUGAGUUGAGGGGCGUCGAAGAAGAAGAGGAGGAGAUGGAGAGUUUCGAUCAGAGCCCGGCUUCAACCUCUCAAAAGGAGGCGAUGUCUCCUUCCAUGUGGAGCACUCUGCCGGACCAUCUUCUCGACAGCAUCCUCGCCCGCCUCCCCAUCCAGUCCUUCUUCCGUUUCCGGUUGGUUUGCAAAAACUGGAAUACGCAUAUGUUUUCGCGGAGCUUUUUGGAGGCCUACGCCGACACCCCUUCUCAGGGGCCGUGGUUUUUCUUCUUCACCCACGAUGAGAGGAACCAUGUGUCCACUUACGACUCCUCGCUGAACAAGUGGCACAGAAUCCCCCUCUCUCCUCCGCACAGCAACACCAAUUCAUUCUCGGCCUCCGACGGAGGCCUCGUUUGCUACUUCUCGUACGAGAACGGAUCGAAGAGCGUGGUCGUUUGCAAUCCUCUGACCAAGUCUUGCCGCAGAUUGCCGCCUCUGCUCAAGGUUCCGUCCAAGGUCACCAUGUUAGCCAUGGUGGUGGACCGCGUCACCAAGUCUUACAAAGUAGUGGUGGCCGGGGGCUCCAAAUACGAACACGGGAUGAGGAUGAACAACACGGCAGAGGUGUAUGACUCUCAGACGCAGUGUUGGACCACCACAGGAAACAUCCCGGCCACGCACACGCUGAAGGGCAAGCCUGUGUACUCCAAUGGAACUCUCUAUGCGCGCAGCCACGGGCAGCGGAACAUCCUGUUAGCCUACGACAUGGACCAGGGCAUGUGGAGCGAUUUACAAGUGCCCCUACCGUCCACUGUGAGGCACGGAGAGCUUCUGGAAUGGCAAGGGCGAAUCAUGAUGGUGGGCGAACUGGAGGAGGACCACAAGAUCCAGAGCAUCUGCAUAUGGGAGCUCCAAAAUGGGAGCUUGAAAUGGAAGGAGGUCGACCGACUGCCUGCGAAGCUCUUCGAGGGUUUCUUCGGAGAUAAGGACUACUUCCAAUGCAACGAGCGAGACGACGUCAUACUGGAUUGGUGUCAGGCCGGUCGUUUCGUCUUGCUGUUUACUUACAACCUCUACGACGUGAGAGGUCGCUGCAAGCUGCUGGUGUACGACCUCUCCAAGAAGUCGUGGCAAAAGCUGCAGAGUUUUUCCAGGACGGAUGUUUGUGGAACGGGGCGCAUCAUUAGAGGCAUCUUCCACGAACCUAGGUUGGAUGCAAUAGCGUAGGUGGCGAUGAUGAUGAUGAUCAUACAAGUAUCCAAGAAUGCACGCCCGAUGUGCAAGGGAUGUGACCAUAGGAUGUAGUCGAAUUUUGUAACGAGCAGGAAGAUUAUGUCCUCUGGCCAGCCUUUUCUGGAAACUUAUUGUAGAUGUGUUUGACUGCUGCGCGCUGCACUUUUUGUGGAUCAUCUGGUCAUGCGUAAUGCCGGCAGUUUUUUGAUCGCAAAAAGUUAUGCGAGCAACUGGUAACCUGGAAGCUCACUUUAGUAGUGAGUUUCCAAGAAUUAGUUCGGGUGACAACCUCUGCUCAUCUAAUGAGAGAGUACGGGUCCUUUAAGGACCCGAGUCACCCGCUUACUGCUCUGGAAGGUGGAAUCACGGGCACUCGACCCUUUUCAUCUUGAAGUUUGGAGUUUGUUUAAAUAUUCCAGCAGAGGAGAAGUAGUGCGGGUUGUUUGAGUCAGCUUCUUCACAGCGAGGAUUGACUAGCAGUGCCUCUGGUUCUAGAGAACAGUAUCAGAACUCUUGACGCCUUCAACUUUUUGUCCCUUGGCUACAGCUGUACAUAGCAGUGUCUUUUGGUAGAGAAGGUCGCAAGUGUCUCGGAUUAUCCCAUGCAUAUAUACUAAGAGUACAGAAAUAAAUUGUGAAUUUUAUGCACUUUCCAGAUGGUUGUGAGGUCUAAUGGCCGAGACUCUGUGCAAUACAACCUAUAUGUGACUGUUGCCGUGG